AUGGCCGAUGCUCACGAGGACUAUCCCCAACCCUUCGAUGCGAAGCGGCUUGAACCGGCCAAGCGACGGAAGCACUCCGACACGUACUCUCGCGAUACUCCAGUCCGUCGAGACGAUCGGUCAAACGCGGCCGGCGUUGACGAGCUUCCCCAGCCUUUCGAUGCGAAGAAGCUUGAGCCCGUCAAGAAGCGUCAGCGCUCAACGUCCCCGUCGGACGCCCCUCGAAAACUCAAACGUCCGGGCCAGCGGGCGCGCAUCACUGGCGCCCAAGCCGAAGAGCUGCAGAAGCGUCGUGAACAACGCGACCGCGAAGCUGCUGCGGACACCGCAACGACCCAGGCCGUCCUUGGUCAGCGCGGUACCCACGAUGUAGUGCGUGAACACUACAACGCCGUGCCUGAGCGCGGCCGCGAUUGGCGUCGGACCGAUAGUCGCAUCAAAGGGCUGCGCAGCUUCAACAAUUGGGUCAAGAGCACAAUUAUUCAAAAAUUCUCUCCUGACGAGGAUCAUACCCCAGGCGCCCACGAACGCGGCCGCGAUAUGGCCGGCCGUAACGACCAUGAGCUCCUCGUCCUCGACAUUGGCUGCGGUAAGGGAGGCGAUCUGGGGAAGUGGCAACAAGCUCCGCAACAUGUGGCACUGUAUGUUGGCUUGGACCCAGCAGAUGUGUCCAUAGAUCAAGCCAAAGAACGCUAUCAUCAGAUGAGGAGGCAUCGUUCGCGGCUCUUUGAUGCACGCUUCCAUGUCAAGGACUGCUAUGGCGAGUCCAUCGAAGACAUUGAGGUCAUUCGCCAAGUCGGUUUUGAUACCUCGCCCAUGGGCCGGAGUGGCUUCGACAUUGUCAGCAUGAUGUUCUGCAUGCACUAUGCCUUCGAGUCAGAGGAGAAAGCGCGGCGAAUGCUGCAGAACGUCUCUGCAUCACUGAAGAAGGGUGGUAGAUUCAUCGGCACAAUACCCAAUUCCGAUGUGAUCGGCGAAAAGGUCACACAGUUCAACGAGCGCAUGGCGGCCAAGAAGUGGGGCAACGACCUCUACCGCGUCAGGUUCCCUGGCAAAACGCCCGAAGAUGGCAUUUUCCGACCACCUUUCGGCUGGAAAUACAACUUUUUCCUGGACGAGGCAGUCGAAGAGGUGCCCGAGUAUGUCGUGCCGUGGCACGCGUUUAGAGCUUUGGCCGAGGACUACAACCUCGAGCUGCAGUACCAUCAGAGUUUCCGAGAGAUUUGGGAGCAGGAGAAGGACGAUCCGGUGCUGGGUCCUCUGAGCGAGCGUAUGGGGGUGCGCGGAAGAGGCCGUGGUGACUUAUUGGUUUCGCCCGAGGAGAUGGACUGCGCCAACUUCUAUGUGGCCUUCUGCUUCUACAAGGUCUAG